UAUGCUAUAAUUGAGGGGGCAAAACCGCAGUUGACCCUUUAAUGAAAGCCGUGGGAUCCAAACUGUACGGUAGCAAGAACUAUGUCCGCGACUAUUUUCAGGUGAGCGGGACUGAUCCGGAUAGUCCAACCCAACGGUAUUUCAAACUCAAUUUCCGGAAAGAAAAAAAGAAACGGUAUUUCGAACUCCAGGCGAGAGGGAAAUGGCAACGGCUACUUUGGCAAGACAAAUAGGUAGGGCUAUUACAAAAGCUACCAACAGCACAGGCUCUGGAAACGGAUGGUUCAGCCCUCACAUGGCUGCUGCUUCUCGCGCCAUCGCUGAACGGAUCCCAUUGGUGGAUCUCGUUCUCGAAGUCAGAGAUGCAAGGAUUCCAUUGUCAUCGGCGUAUGACCAACUGAGGAACCAUACAUCCUCCUCAAAGCGAAUUAUAGUGAUGAACAAGAUGGACCUUGCAAAUCAUUCACAACUGAAGGAUUGGAUGAAGUACUUUGAGCAAAAGAAUUACAUUUCGUAUGGAGUCAAUGCCCAUAAUAAAGAGAGCAUUCAGCAGGGAGGUAAGUGUCUAUUUCUGAAACCUGUGAGGUCGUGGUGGAAUAACUACAAACUUCAAGGAAGAGUCCGAGAAUUGAAGAAAGUUGAUCAAUCUAGUCAUACCACAACAAUAUUGCUAGUUGGAAUUCCUAAUGUUGGCAAGUCAGCUCUUGCCAACUCCUUGCAUCGAAUUGGAAGGAUUAGUGCAGCAGAGAAAGGAAAGUUGAAGCAUGCUACUGUGAGUCCACAGCCCGGUGAGACAAAAAAUAUUACUGGCUUGAAGAUUGCAAGCCAUCCCAAUUUUUAUGUGUUGGACACCCCAGGUGUUUUGCCUCCACAUAUUCUAGAUGAUGAGGUCUGCACCAAGCUAGCCUUGACAGGAACAAUUCAAGAUUGUUUUGCUGGGGAAAAAGAACUAGCUCAGUGUUUUCUGUCUAUCUUGAACAGGAGUGAUGAAUACAAGAAGUGGGCAAAGUUGUCUAACAGUGAGAAUGAAAGAUCAUUUGCAGAUCGCAAUAUAGAAUGCUCAACUAGCUCUGAAAUGGGCAUGAAACGAAAAAGGCAAUACCCCACUGAUCACACACAGGAUUUCAUAGUGCAUGAUGUUCGUCGGACACUCUUUGAAGUGAUAUCAUCUUUCGAUGGUAAUGUGGAAGAUGAAAGGCUUAUUGAGGAAGAGUUAAAGGCCAUGCACGCAGCUUUUCAGGUUCCUCUGGAAUCCGAACAUUAUGCUCAAAAUAAAAUCGCAGCUAAGUUAUUGAAUCUUUUUCGUACUGGAAGGCUUGGACAUUACAUUUUAGAUUCUAUUCCAAGAAAACUCUAGUUCGGAGUAAUUUCAUGUAAGUAUUUAUUUUCAAGCUAUGCUAUUGGAAAACUACCGUCAUUCUUUGUAGUAAUUUUGUUAAAGUAUCA